AUGAUGAACGAUGCACGGUACGAAUGGUCGAUAGGUCUCCAAAUUGCUAAUAUGCGGGAGCUCUCCUAUGACAUCGAACUCGAGCAAGAAGCAAAAACUUUUUUGAAAUGUGAUGAUAUAGAGCACGGCUACAAUUAUCGUGUCCAACUGCUCUCUCCUGGAUACUUCCCACCAAUCUUACCAUGGCCGGAUGCCAGAUCGAUCAAACAAAAUGAAACCGCGUUGUUGAAUGACAAAAGUUUCAAGUUGCGAGCUGAAUUCCUUCAUCCCAAUCAAACGAAAAUCGGCUGCGUCGAUUUGAUUUCGUACUGCCCUAUUCCUGGAGAAGACCGCAAUGCUGCUGUAGUUUGUUUAUUUGGUCCAGCAAACACUGACCCGAUUCCAGCAUGGAUACUAGGAAAACCGAUGUCACGUUGCCAAGACUCUGUGAAAUCGGAUAGCGGUCUGUGCAGACAACGUUAA